AUGGGCAAAGACUACCGCAACUAUAGCAAGACUUCGCGCUCGCCGAAGAGACCCUUCGAGAAGGAGCGCCUUGACCAGGAGCUGAAGCUUAUUGGUGAAUAUGGCUUAAAAAACAAGCGGGAAGUCUGGAGAGUUCAAUACGCUUUGGCCAAGAUUCGCGCUGCAGCUCGCCAUCUUCUCACGCUCGAGCCAAAUGAUCCCAAGCGUGUUUUCCAAGGCGCCGCACUUUUACGUCGUAUGAUCCGAUUGGGACUUCUCGAGGAGAAGGAACAGAAGUUGGAUUACGUUUUGGGACUCACUCUCUCCAAGUUCAUGGAACGUCGUCUUCAAACGAAGGUCUUCAAGCUCGGCCAUGCUCGAUCGAUUCAUCACGCCCGUUGCUUGAUUCUCCAGCGCCAUAUUCGCGUCGGAAAGCAAAUUGUUAACGUUCCGUCGUUUAUGGUCCGAGUGAAUUCCGAGAAGCACAUCGACUUCGCCUCGACGUCGCCAUUCGGCGGUGGACGUUUUGGACGCGUCAAGCGCAGAAAGAUGAGAGCAGGAGAGAAGGAGGAAGAGGAGGAUUAG